GCCUUCGACAGAGCUCAGUCAACAGGCAUCUGCUCGCUCAGAGCCGGAACCCAGAAGUCCAUCCAGUGUCUUAUUCUGUCUUUCUGCCUUUGAUGAAAGGGGUUGGUUCUAUUUCUAUCUCUCAGGUCUCCACUUGCAUAUCCUAUUUUAUUUACAGAAAGCAGACCAUGUGCAAAGUGCUAAAAUUAGCCAGGAUUUCGACCAACUGCAACUUCUGGGUUAUGUUUGUUUUCAUCUGUAAGUUCAUGUUUAUUGCCAUCAUAUUUUAUUGGCGAAUCACCACAGAUGCAAAGGGCAAUACCUGGUUCUACAGCUUGCUCAGAGAGUUUAAAUGUCCUCUAUUUGUACCUUCUCCCUCUUCAUCUGGCCAGCCCUCUCAGUUGUCUAAGAAUAUAUACUUUGUGGAGACAUCAGAACAAAUAAAGCCCAACUUCCUGUUUAUGUGUUCUGUUGAAUCAGCAGCCAGGGUUCACCCAGAAGCCAGAAUUAUUAUACUAAUGAAUGGCUUUGCAAAGCACAAUUUUACUUUAAGAGAAUACUUGGACACCUCUUUGUUCAGGUGCUUCACCAAUAUCGAAUUCAGACCUUUGGACAUGAAGGACCUUUUUAUGGACACUCCACUGAUUGACUGGUAUGAGGCUGCCCAACAUAGAUGGGAACCUUAUCUGUUACCCAUUCUUUCUGAUGCCUGUCGAUUAGCUAUCAUGUGGAAAUUUGGAGGAAUAUACUUAGACACAGAUUUCAUUGUCCUUAAGAGUUUAAAGAACCUCACCAAUGUGCUUGGCACCCAGUCCAAAUAUACACUGAAUGGGGCCUUCCUCUCUUUUGAAUCAAGGCACAGGUUCAUAGAGCAUUGUAUGCAAGACUUUGUGGGCAAUUACAAUAGAUGGAUCUGGGGGCACCAGGGCCCACAGCUUUUCACCCGUGUGUUUAAGAAGUGGUGUUCUAUUCAAAGACUUCAGAAUAGCAAAAGUUGUAGAGGAGUCACCGUUCUCCCCCAAGAAGCCUUUUAUCCCAUCCGCUGGCAGAAAUGGAGAAAAUAUUUUGAAGUAAUCAAAACUUCAGAACUUUCAGAGCUCUUUAAAAAUACCUAUGCGGUCCAUGUCUGGAAUAAGAAAAGUCAAAAGACACAUAUUGAGAUCACCUCUAAAAUUUUACUAGCUCAGCUGUAUUUCCACUACUGUCCUUCAACCUAUGAGCUAAUGAAGAGCUCUCAAUGA